AGGUCGAGGGCCCAUUUUGAUCAUAUGUUAUUUUGUUUUAAUUUUUGUUUCCUGAUAUUCUUGAAAAAACUCAAACACACUCGAAUCGCAAGCACAUGAAAACGAAAAUUUAAGUGGAAACUCUCAGUUUGCUGAAUUUAAUAUGUCACUCUAAGCUCCCUCUUACAACUAUGGCUAAGAGUAAUACCUGCCCCAAGAAAACGUCUGUUCAUCCUUCGAAUUUAGAUAGAAUCAGCGACUUACCAGAAAAUGUCCGUGAAAAUAUACUGAUGUAUUUGCCAAUUCGAGAUGGAGUAAGAACUAGUAUCUUGUCAAGAAUAUGGAGGAACAAAUGGGCAGAUGCUCCUCAACUUAUAUUCGACAGUACCUUUCCACGGAUAAGUGAUAAAUCACAAACGAAUAAACAUCUCAUGACCGUAUAUGAAGUGUUAUUACUUCACUCUGGACCCAUUCACAAAUUCACUCUUUCCUUUUCGGGAUUGAAAAGUUGUCCUGAGAUUGACCGAAUGAUUCUUUUCCUCUCUCGAAAAGGCGUUCAAGAUUUCAAACUUUGCAUCUCAAGUGGAUACCCUCACAAUUUACCUUCGUACCUUUUUUCAUGUUUGCAACUAAAACAUCUGAGGCUGCGUUUGUGUAUAUUCACACCUCCACCUACAUUCAAAGGAUUUAGCACACUCAUUAGCCUAAGGCUUCAGAAUGUGCAGUUCCCUCAAAACUUUAAGGAUUUUAUCUCCAACUGUUGCUUACUUGAAGAGCUGAUGUUGGUUUCGUGCACAAAUAUCUCUUGCUUUGAGAUCAGUUGUCCUAAACUCAAACACCUUUAUUACAUUGGUUCUUACAAAACUUUGUGCUUUAAAAAUAUGCCUCAUCUUGAAAAAGUGUCAAUAUAUGAGAUUGAAGCUAGAUCCAAGAGAAUGAAAAUACCUGAUUUGGUUCAGGUACUACAUAGUUUACCUGCAUUGAAGUACUUGGGCGUGGAUUAUUAUUUUCUACUGACCUUGGUCAUUCAUGACACACCAAACCAACUCCCUUGAAGCACUUGAAAGGUAUCAUAAUUGAUUGUGUAUCCUUUGCUAAAUUGGAGGAAGUGACAUCUAUUUUUCACUUGCUUAGAAGCGCGCCCAACUUGAAAGACCUUCAUAUCGAGAUGUAUCCAGAAACAGAAGCGGAAGCAGAAGCCUAUGCCGUUAAACCUUCUGAACUCUUAGAAGCCGAACAUUUCUUAAAAGCUGAAGGACAGUCGGAGUACUCCUUAAACCAACUUCGGAAUGUAAAGUUGCGAAAGUUUAACGGUAGUAGACCGGAAGUAGAGUUUGUCAAGUUUCUGUUAGCCAAAUCACCUGUGCUUGAGACAAUAUAUCUGCAGCCUCAUGAAGGGAUGUCCUGUGACAAACAACUUACAAUAUUGGUGGAGAUAAUCCAGUUUCGGCGUGCAUCGACUAAUGUAGAAAUCAUUGGUGAGAAAUUUGCUGAAGAGUAUGAUGAUGAUGAUGUAGCUAUCAUGUGACUCCAUAUAUAUAUUAAUUAUUCCAUCUCAUUCUCUACUGUUCUUUUUUCUGUAUAUAAACUAAUGACUUAUUAAGAUUUGGAUAAAUAAGUUACAUAAAGGCAACGCUUGCUCUCUCGUUCCUUUAAAGGAAAAGUUGUAAAUUAAAACGACGUCGUUAUGAAUUUUGAUUAUUUCAGUCGGCUUGAUAAA